UACAAGGCUGCCUCUAGUUUAUUCACGCCUGUGAGGAAAACUGAAAUUAAAAUAUUCUUCCAUCUUCCUAGUCCUUGUUCCUCUCUGCUUUGACCCUUCAUAGUUGCUUUUGUUGCAGAAUUAAGGAGCACAGAUAGAGUCUCUCAAGAUGGUGGUCACAACAACAGAGAAUUUGGGGCCAGGAAGUGAUACUGUUUCCACUGAUUAUGACAGGAAAAGUGAGCUCAAGGCAUUUGAUGAUUCAAAAGCUGGUGUUCAAGGUCUGGUAGAAAAUGGUGUGACAAAAGUUCCACGCAUGUUCUACUGUGGACAGUCUAAUAAUCUCAGUGAUGGCUCAACUAGUAGUGGUGAUUCUAAUUCAAAGUUGAGUGUUCCUACUAUUGACCUCACUGGCAUCAUCCAUGGUGAUGAUCAUCUUUUGCGGGAUGAAGCUGUGGAAAAAGUUCGACAUGCAUGUGAGAAGUGGGGCUUCUUUCAGGUAACAAAUCAUGGGAUUCCAACUCAUGUUUUGGAUGAGAUGAUCCAAGGAACUUGCAGGUUUCACCAACAAGAUGCCAAUGUGAGGAAACAAUACUACACCCGUGAUCUCAGCAGCAGAAAAGUUGUUUACCUUUCCAAUUUUACUCUUUACCAAGACCCUUCUGCUGAUUGGAGGGAUACACUUGCAUGUUUCUGGGCACCUCACCCACCAAAACCUGAAGAACUUCCAGCAGUUUGUAGUGAUGUUGUCAUUGAAUACUCAACAAAAGUAAUGGCGCUUGCUUCUGAUUUGUUGGAGCUAAUGUCAGAGGCUCUUGGUCUUAAUCGAUUUCACCUUAAAGAAAUGGGUUGUGGUGAAGGGAUGUUUCUUAUGGGUCACUAUUAUCCAGCAUGCCCCGAGCCAGAAUUAACUAUAGGCACUAGCAAGCACUCGGACGCUGAUUUCUUGACAAUACUCUUGCAAGAUCAGAUUGGUGGCCUUCAAGUUCUUCAUGACAAUCAAUGGAUUGAUGUACCUCCCAUACAAGGAGCUCUUAUAGUGAACAUUGGGGAUCUUCUGCAGCUUUUGACUAAUGACAAGUUCAUUAGUGUUCAGCACAGAGUUUUAGCAAACCAUAUAGGCCCAAGAAUUUCAGUUGCAUCUAUUUUUAGAUCAAAUACACCUGAGGCUAUAUCAAAAAUCAUUGGUCCAAUCAAGGAGCUCUUAUCUGAAGACAAUCCACCAAUAUACAGAGAAGCUCCUUUAAAAGAGUACUUGGCACAUCGUUUUGCAAAUGGCAUUGGAGCUUCAGCACUAGUACCCCUCAAGUUGUGAGUUUGAUUGAACAAUUGCAUGCAAUCUUGAUGUUUUUGGAAUGACCUUUGGUUUUAUCUUAUUUUGCGAAACUUUGUGGUGUGGAUUCAAGAAGAACCAAAAGCCAAGCUAUAUAUGUUUUGUGCUUUUUUUUAAUAAUGUAUCCGUUUAAAUUGCAGAAAACAUUUAUGCAUCUUGGUUCUUAGA